AUGUUGGAAGCACGACCAAACAACGCAGGCUUGAUAAAAAAGAUAGUUACGUGCAUCAACGAGUUAGUGUCUGAAGCUAACCUCGAUGUCACCGAAUCCGGAAUUUCGCUUCAAGCGAUGGAUUCAUCACAUAUCGCAUUGGUAUCGUUGCUGUUGUCCAAAGAAGGAUUUGACCCAUAUCGAUGUGAUCGAGGGUUUACGUUGGGCGUAAAUUUAGCCUCUUUGAGUCGAAUCUUGUCGUGUGCUGGCGAUGAAGAUGCUAUUACUUUUACGUGUGAUGAUACCGCGGAUGUUAUGAAUUUGAAAUUUGAGAGUAGAGAUGGUAAUAAGGUAUCCGAAUACGAGCUAAAAUUGAUGGAUAUUGAUCAAGAACAUCUUGCUAUUCCCAACCAAGAAUAUCCAUGUGUUGUUAGUUUGCCAUCGAUAAAAAUUUUCGUCACAAAAGGAGGAAUCAAAUUUUCCACUAGUGGAGAGACUACUAAAGGAAAUGUCACAUUAAAGUCGACGGUUAGUGAGGACAACGAAAUCAUCUCGUUAAAUGUCAAGAAACCAGUUGAAAACGAAUUCGCACUUAAGUGUCUAUUACAAUUCUCAAAAAGCCAAAAGUUAAGUGACCAUGUUACUCUGUAUCUGGCGAACGACCUUCCAGCAAUGGUCGAGUACAAUCUGGAGGCGGCGGGAUAUGUCAAAUAUUUCCUUGCACCUAAACUGAACGAGGGCGGUGAUGGUGACGAGGAACAGGCAGUUGAUGAGGAUGAAGAUUAA